AUUUUUUCUUUCUACCCACUUUCUUGCCCUUUAAAACUUUGAAUGUUACUCACCAAAUUUUAGUUAGGAUCAUACAACAUGAUGAGUAUCCUCCACUCACAAAAAUUCUCAAUCUCAAGAACUUUGUACAAUCUCUUAUUGUUAAUGUCCCUUCUUUCUAUUAUCCACACAUCAGCACUACACAACACAAAAAACAAAGGCCACAGAAACAAAAGUGUUGCCAAAUCAGUUCCAAUUGUAGCAGCAACAUCUCCAAUUUCUCCACCUCUAGUGUUUGCAGAUCAAAGGCUUCAAUUAGUAUAUCCAGUGAUCCAAAAAUUCAAGUCCACCAUAACCUUAGAUCCCUUAGGAGUUACAAAAACUUGGGUAGGUUCAGAUAUUUGUAGCUACAAAGGUUUCUAUUGUGACACUCCACCAUACAAUAGUUCAGCCGUUGCCUUAGCCUCAAUUGAUUUCAACGGUUUUCAACUUGUUGCACCUACCCUUGAUGGAUUCAUAGAUCAAUUACCUGAUAUUGCUCUGUUCCAUGCAAAUACCAACAAUUUUAGUGGAACAAUCACACCCCAGAUUUCAAAAUUACCUUAUCUUUAUGAGCUUGAUCUUAGUAACAAUCAAUUAUCAGGUCCAUUUCCUCUGGCUGUUCUAGGAAUGGAAACGUUAACGUUUUUGGACAUUAGGUUCAAUUUGUUCUCUGGGGCAGUUCCACCACAGAUUUUCACACAGAAUCUUCAAGUUUUGUUCAUCAACAACAACAUAUUUAAUCAGAGUUUGCCUGAUAACUUAGGAUCCACUCAUAUUUUGUUGCUAACCUUAGCAAACAACAAAUUCAACGGUCCAAUUCCAACAAGUCUUCCAAAGGCUUUAGCCACACUCACUGAAGUGUUGCUAUUGAACAACCAGCUAACAGGUUGUUUGCCUUAUGAGAUUGGUUACCUUCAAGAGGCAACGGUUUUUGACGUUGGGAAUAACCAAUUGACAGGUCCGUUGCCAUUGUCAUUGAGUUGUCUUGAGAAGGUUGAGAUUCUGAAUUUUGGUGGGAAUUUGUUGUAUGGUAUGGUGCCUGAAGUUGUGUGUGCAAGUUUGAUGGGCAAUUUGGUAAAUUUCUCACUUUCAGAUAACUAUUUCAAUGCUGUGGGACCCAUUUGUAGGGUUUUGAUUGAGAGAGGAGUUCUUGAUGUUACAAAGAAUUGCAUUCCUGAUCUUCCAUUCCAGAGAUCAAUUAUUGAAUGUGCUCAAUUCUUUGCACAACCAAGGAUGUGUCCAUUGAUGUGGUAUCAUAGUUUCAUCCCUUGCAAGCUUCAUUUUCAUAACACUCCACUUUCUUCUAUACCCUAGUUAGUACUUAGAUUGCAUUUAAUUUCCAUUGCUUCAUCUAAAAUUGUUUGGUAAUGAGACUGUAUAGAAAAAGCAAAAUAUUUUUAAUCAAA